UCAAUUAAAACCAAAAGAGAGCCCCUCUCAUCUUUUGGCAAAUUAAAGGAGGGGUUGAAGGCAUGGAGUUGGGGUCGGCCUUGGUGGCUUUUUCCCGGCCAGGAUAGAGAAUAUCACCCUUGGGCUUUGUAGCAGAAGACUCCUAGCUAGCUAGCUAGCUAGCUAGAGAGAGAAACAAAGAAAGAGAAAGUUUGUGUCACACACAGACAAAAAAAAAGGAAGAAGCAGCAAAGCCAUCACCCCAAGCAAAAGAGGAGAGAGUGAGAGAGAAACCCAUCUAGAGAGAGAGAGAGACUAAAGAGCAUAUGAGCACAAGCUAGAGCUACAAGUGUGAUCAAGCCAUAGAUAGAGAGAGAGAGAGAGGAAGAGCGAGCGAACCCUAUUCCUUGUUCUUGAAUCUGUCGUCUCCAAUCGGGCAGGAUCAAGGAUCGACGAGGUAGAGAGAGUUAUUAUUAUUAUAGAGAGAGAGAAUUAAUUCGAGAGAGAUCUAGAGAGAGAAGAAGAAGAGAGGAGAUCAUAGAAGAAUGUUCCCUGGCUCGAAGAAGGGCGGCGGCGGCGGCGCCGCGGUGAGCUCGGGUGACGGCGGCGGCGGCAGGGCGGCGGCGGCGAUGUGCGUGCAGGGCGACUCCGGCCUGGUCCUCACCACCGACCCCAAGCCGCGGCUCCGGUGGACGGUGGAGCUCCACGAGCGCUUCGUCGACGCCGUCACCCAGCUCGGCGGCCCCGACAAGGCGACGCCCAAGACGAUCAUGAGGGUGAUGGGAGUGAAGGGCCUCACCCUCUACCACCUCAAGAGCCAUCUCCAGAAAUUCAGGUUAGGGAAGCAACCGCACAAGGAGUUCAGCGAGCACUCAGUUAAGGAAGCCGCGGCAAUGGAGAUGCAAAGAAACGCAGCAUCUUCUUCAGGCAUAAUGGGCAGAAGCAUGAACCAUGACCGCAACGUGAACGAUGCCAUCAGAAUGCAGAUGGAGGUGCAAAGAAGGCUACAUGAGCAACUAGAGGUGCAGAAGCAUCUGCAGAUGAGGAUCGAAGCGCAGGGGAAGUACAUGCAGUCCAUCCUGGAGAAAGCCUAUCAGACGCUCGCCGCCGGCGAUGUCGCGGCGGCGGUGGCGUGCGGCCCGGCGGGGUACAAAUCCCUAGGCAACCACCAGGCGGCGGUGCUCGACGUGUGCUCCAUGGGCUUCCCUUCCCUGCAAGACCUCCACAUGUACGGCGGCGCCGGCGGCGGCCACCUCGACCUGCAGCAGCAGCAGCCGCCGGCGUCGACGAUGGAGAGCUUCUUCGCCUGCGGCGACGGCGGCGGCUCGCUGGGGAAGACGGCGGCGAAGACGAGGCAUUACGGCGGCGCCGGGAAGAGCCCGAUGAUGUGGGGCGUCGACGACGACGACGACGACGACGACCCGGCCGGGAAGUGCGGCGGCGGCGGCCAUCAUCAGCUGCAGAUGGCGCCGCCGCCGAUGAUGGACGGCGGCAUCGACGUCAUGGACUCCCUCGCCGCCGACGUCUACGAGACGAAGCCGAUCAUGUCCGGCGACUCGACGGGGAGCAAGGGCGGCGGCUACGACGUCGCGGCGGCGGCGUCGAAGCUGGAGAGGCCGUCGCCGCGGCGGCCGCCGCAGCUGGGGAGCCCGUCGGUGAUGGCCGGAGCUCAGACGAGGAACCUAUCCUACGGGUAAUCACAAUUAGUUAAUUAAUUAAUGAGUUAAUUAACUAAUUAAACCAGUUAAUCACAGCAGAGGAAAUUAAUUAAAUUGGCUCGUGCUCGAUCGAUCGAACUGUGGCUAAAUAAGUUUUACAGCUCGAGUUCAUGCAUGGAUUAAUGGAUAUAUAAUUGGUAGCAACAGGGGGUAAAUUAUUAUUAAUGCGGCAUUAAUCAGGAUGAUCUUGUGGUAUUGUGGUGCAUCGAUCAUAUAUAUGCUUGAUGAUGAUGCCCAAAUGCUAAUUAAGAUUAUCUAUUUUGAGGAUGCAUGUAAUAUGUUCUGUGUAAUUGUGUGUUGUGUUAAUUAUCAAGAUCAUGGGUGUAAAUGUGUAACUUAUAUUUGGCAUUCUUGCAUGCUAAAGAAACAAGCUUUCAUUGAUAUAUCUGAGGCUGCAUGCGCGUAUGUCGGUCGAUCAAAAAA